UACAGCCAAUUUGAUACGUGACUUACUGUAAAUGUAUAACGUUGCAAACUGACUAAGGUUCAUUUCCUGUCGUUCACUUACAAGGUUCUGAACUGACGCCAUAAAGUGUCUCCUUUAUCUAUGCACAGUAUUUAACACGGUGGGAAAUGUCAAUACAAUAACAGAUAAGUAGCGUUAGUGUUAUAUGAUCGUAUGGAAAUUAAACUCCAGCUUCAACACUUCCUCCAUAAAAGUCCAACUCGCUUCACUAUUUAGUUCUUUGGGACUGAUCUGAAAUGAUUGUUUCACGUUCAGGGGUCAAGUUCAAAAUUCGCGAGGAGCCGGUUUAACUCUGUAUUAAUUAUUCUAACAACGAUUCCCACGAAAAAUACCUAAACAUAUACAGGACACGAACUGCUCAUUUAAACGAAUUAAAAACGGAUAUUUUCUCUGCUAGUGUUCUUCCCAUCUUUGCAUCCGUUCAGCAAACUCGGAAAUGACCCCCUCGCGUCUUCAGUUCCAUUUAUUUUUUCCCAUUUGUGUGUGAGCUACGCUACACGCCCAGAGACGCAUCUCGUGGGGGUGAGAGUCGUGGCCUAAUUACAGGCUGGGACCUACAGAGCACGCUCUUCUUGUUUUAUUGUUCUCAUCUUCACUAUCGCUGCACGUUAUCGCGUCACGCACGGGAAAACUCCAAAGGUCGAGUUGGGCCUUGUCGCGCGUGGCGAGUGGAGCGAUUGGCUUCGAAUGUACUCACACAAACACGCGGAGCAUGUUUGUAAACCGACUUUAUGUCCUCCUCGGUCACUUUCCGUCGUGGGUUGACUUCGGACAGGACACGGGGCCCGUCAGGUGUCACCGUGGGCUCCACCCGUGGGUGAAGCACAGGUUUAGGCUUGUUAGCGUUGCUUUUAAUGCGUCCGAUUUUAAAUGGUUGUGCUGUUGUGAGGAUUCUGAUUUGUUUCCGCACCGACUUACUUUCCUGACAGGAUCACCUUUGUCCAGGCCUGGAGUUUACGAAGGAUCCAGGCUGUACGUGCCAACAAGAGGCCACUUCUUUCAGGCAUAAAGCCUCCAUUCAUUUGACGUUGUUUUGUGUUUCUGGGCUGCAAGGACCCGGUUUUGAUGUUAGACGUCUGUGCGGUUACUCGCUCACUAAUUAAUUUAAUAUUAGGGUUGUGUACGGAAUGUAACACGAAAUGAAACAAGGAAACCACGCGCGAUUUGCUAUUAGUGUAUUUUAAAUCUAACCCUUAUUUCGUGAGUUGCAGAAGGUUUCUCUGCAGCAGAGACGCCGUCUGAACAAACUCGCCACAUGAGUGUAAUGUACCGUAAGACAGAACCAUCAGGAACCCCGGACUUUUGAUCUCAGUGUCUACACGGGCCAGAUGGGAGCGAAGCGUCCUGCGUGGUCACGGUCCACGGAGUUCACCUCCACGAGAUGUCGCCAUCGGCGAGACCUUGAAACGCUGCCAAAUGACUUUUUGCGCGAAGCCCCUGCAGGUUCAGCGAAGCGAUCGUCGUUGAAUGAAUCAUUGAUGGAAGCUGGGAACGCAUUCCUGGUUGCGCUGCGGCGCAGUGCGGCUCCUCACGCCGCACAAACAGCAGACCGUGGCGUUGCCCUCCAGAUGUGAAGGGACGGUCCUUGAAUGAUGUGAAGUGUGUGUGUGUGUGUGUGUGUGUGUGUGUGUGUGUGUGUGUGUGUGUGUGUGUGUGUGUGUGUGUGUGUGUGUGUGUGUGUGUGUGAGAGAGAGAGAGAGAGAGAGAGAGCGUUUAACGUGACAGUGGAGCUGCCCACGCUCCACUCUGGUUCACUCCCCUCCUCAGUCAUGCACCGCCGUCCGCUUCUCCCUGGAUUUCUGUCGUUGCGUGGGUGAGAUGUUGCCAAAUGUGACCGUUUUGUUGUGUUUCCUGGCGCUUCAGCUGCGGCUUUGCGCGGCGGAUCUGUGCAACUGGACUGGAAGCGGUUUUGCAGCUGCCGUGGACUCCAGGCUCGUCCUCCAGGUGCGGUUGCGCUGCACAGAGGGUUCGGUGAGGUGGGUCUACCCCGGCCAGGCUCUGCGGGUGGUCCUGGAGCCCAACCUGUCCUCCGUCCGGAGCACCACCGUCUGCAUCAAGCCGUCUCCGUCGUUCCACGGAGCGAGCGUGUUCAUCGAGCGGGAGGCGCGGCUGGAGCUGCUGCCGACCGACGGCUGGCGGGCGGAGCGGGUGUUCUGUUUCCGGUCAGACGGGCCGCGCAGACCCGUCAUCUACCUCCAGGCCAGUCCUCCCAGCGAUGGGCAGUGGAGCCGACGCACGGUGGGCUUCAGAUAUGAGCUGCUGGGCAACAGGAGCGCUGCCCCCACCGUGGGCCGCAGUGGGCUGCAGGCUUCGUGUCGACCGUGCAGUGACGCCGAACUGCUCAUCGCCGCCUGCAACAGCGACUUUGUGGUUCGAGGCCACAUCGGCGACGUCACCCACGACCCUGAACGCCACACGUCCGUGGUGGAGGUGUCGGCGGUGAGGGUGUUCUGGCAGCGCGGCGGCGCGUUCCGGCGGCGCGGGCCGGCGCCGCGGUGGCGCGGGCGCGUCCACACGCUCCUGCGGUGCCACGUCGGGCCCGGCGGCGGGGAGUUCCUUUUCACGGGGUCAGAGCGCUUCGGGGAGGCCUGGUUGGGGUGCGCCCCGCGGUACAAAGACUUCCUGUCCGUCUACCAGGCGGCGCGGGCCGCGCGGCAGAACCCCUGCGACCUCCCUUUGGUUUGAGGCCUGCUGGGCCGGCGCUGCCGGCGAUCGCUGAGGAGACCUGGGGUUCCUGCUCGCUUUGUGUUCCCCUCCUCGUCGCCGGCUCUGUGUGAAAGUUGACCUCCGACCUCUGAGGAGGAGAACAGCCAGUCGGAGCAAUGGGCUCGUUUCACCCGAAGCGCUCUGUGCUCAGGUUUUAAGUCCAUUCUGUUGUGUCUGUUUAAGAUUGUGAACUGUACAUGGAAAACAAAGCCCCUCACGUUCCAGCAGACUGAGCAAACUGUUUUGUGUUUUAACAACAAAUGAACUAAUGAAAUUGUGUGUCUUUAGAGGCCAAAAGGCCUUGAAACCAGUAGAAUGUCACGUAUUUCAUCUGCUCCAUGUGUCUAAUCUUUAAUAAAUUAUAUCAAGUCGA